AGCCCUGCAGACACAGCAGAGAAAAGAACACACUUCUGACCCAAGCCAACAUAGAAGAUAAAACAAAGCCUAAAUGGAUCUAACCGAACAGAUUAACCAGUUGGAGGCAGACUUGCAGGAGUUGGGGUCACUCUUGGAAAAGUCAGAGAGGCAGCGAGUGCAGGAACUGCUAAGACAGGAGCAGAAGAAGGUGGAGAAGGAGCUUUCAGUCAAACGACAACAGAAGGAGCAACAGGCCAGGAGACAAGCUGACCCAUCUGCAGCCUCUAAAGCAGCAUACACGGUCAAGAUUACCAACUAUGCCUGGGACCAGUCAGAGAAAUUUGUUAAGAUUUACCUCACACUGAAGGAUGUGCACAAAAUCCCAUCGGAAAAUGUGGAGGUCAACUUUACAGAAAGGUCAUUUUCUGUUCUGGUAAAGGAUCUAGAUGGGAAAAACCAUCAGAUGACAGUUCUCAAUCUGUUAUAUCCAAUCGAUGAAAAGGACAGCUACAAAAAGAUAAAAACAGACAUGGUCCUGCUCAUGUGCAAGAAGCAAACAACAAAGAAGUGGGAGUGCCUAACAACGGUGGAGCAGCAGUCUAAAGAAAAAGAUAAACCCAAUAUGGAUGAGAAUGCAGACCCCAGUGAGGGCCUGAUGAGCAUGCUGAAGAAGAUCUACGCAGAGGGAGAUGACGAGAUGAAGAGAACCAUCAACAAAGCCUGGUCAGAGUCCCAAGAAAAGAAGAUACGAGGAGAAGAAAUGAUGGAUUUCUGAACUGCACUCGCUGCGAGAGCAAGUGAGAUCAUCCAGGGCUGCAGCAGGCACAAGCUGAAUAUUUAAUGAUAGCGGUUAAAACUGAAGUCCCAAUAUGUGAAUUAUAUUUCCCCAAAAUCUAGAAUUUAGGUAUACAACUCAUAGAUGAGUUGGCAGGAAUUAUGUGUAAGCCCUGAAUGGCCUCAGUUUGACUCUGCUUUGAAAACCAGGCUGUUGAUGUUCUGUCAGUCAUUGGUCAUAAUGCAGAAACCUGUCGAUAAAUGAAAUGGAAAAUUUCUAUAGCAGUACAAGGGUGCUGUUCACCAGAUGGAACCUAAACACAGCAAGAAAUCACAGUUUCAUAACUGUUUUUUUUGUUGUUGUUUUCUUUUGGGUAAGGUUAAUUUUAAAGGGUUAAAGGACCACAAUGCAGUUGUUUUUUUUUUUUGUUUUUUUUUAAAUAAAUGCCUGUCAGUAGAAGAUGGUUUGAAUUCGCCCAGGGUAAUUGAAAAAUGUAGUACAUGUAUAUGUUCUGUGAAGGCACUUGUUAAUAAUGUCCCUGUGCAGAAUUCAGUGUAGCUAAACUGAACUCAUAUUUAGGAUGUUUUCAAGUGUACAUUUGCCAAAGUCACGUUUCUGUUCCUACAGUGAAGACAACCAGAGGGCCCUUCUGACUGUUCGUGUCUUCAUAUUAGCCUUUGAUUUUUUUUUUUUUUUUUUUUUUUUGUCAUUCCAUAAAUAGAUCAGAUGAUAGCUGCAAAGACAGUCCUACUCAUGCGUCAGUCCAGUGUAAUAAUUCACAUUACUGGGUCUACGCGGGUAUGUGUUUGAUAUUUAAUGUAUUCAAUUCAUUCCUGUUGCAUCGUGUAACGCUCUAAAACAUUCUUUAUAUUUACUUAAUGUGGCGGUUGCACUUUUAUAGUGAUAGAACAGUUUCAUACUAUAAUUUGUAUUUAUGGUUAAACUGUUCACAUUGUGGUUUUCCCGCCAAUAUUUGUGAAAAUGUAAAAAUCUACAUUUCAAUUAUGUUGAUAUUUUCCUUUGGCUUAUGUCAUCCUCUUAAAUGUAUUGUUGCCCGCCCUCAGGUUGCUCAUGCAGUCAAACAAAUAUAAUUCUUGAACUGA